CUGAGUCAUUCUCUCGCGGACAACGGAACGAAUCGGAUCGUGUAACCCUUGACGAGUAGUAAAUCUUGUAAAAUUUUCACCAAAGGGAAAAAGAGAGAGUUACAUAUAGUGUGCUCGGUUGGACAGUCUGUGCAUUAUUUUCCCACUGCGUAAUGUGAUGAAUAAUCAUCAGGAAUCGUCCGAACAUUCGAUUUUCCUCGUGAAAAACUAAUAGAAAAAAGCCCCAUACGGUUUUCUGGGGACUUCGACGUUUUCGUGUGAUUUUUUUAGUUUUUAGUCCUUGAGUUUGAGUUUUGGAUCGAACUUCAAAAGCAUGAUGUGCAAUUUUUCCUUCGUGAAAAUUGUAGCAAUGUAAAAUUACGAAUAACAGAAGAUAAGUGCCAUAUCCUGGAAUCCUCUUUUUUCGGUCGGCUACCAGUAUGUUUUAUAAGGCGGACAGCGGUGUUGAUUUCCGUCGAUUUCGGUUGUGCUGUGGCUAGACUUGGGACUGAAACUGGCCGGGAAGUGGACGGACCAGAAAACAUUAGUCAAGUGCUCGACAAAAAGUGAACUCAGCUGGCACAGCUGGCAAAAUUAAGGGAAAAUGCGAAAGUGUCGUCGUUAUUAAUUCUUGAAGCCAUCAGUGAAGAGAAGGCUUAUGGAAGCAGUUGGGUAUUAAUACGAACUUCUAGGAGAAGGGAUCUACGGCUCAGUGUGAAAGAGGAAGAAUAUCUUAGUGAAGGACUGCAAAAAGUUUUACAGAAUAUUAAAAAUACAUCGUUCGAUAGGAUGCAAGAAGAAAAUCCCGAAGCCAGAAGUGACGGGAAAGUUAAUCAAAUCGAUCAGUUCGUCGUACACCAAUUUUCCAUUGUGUGACCGCUAGUUGUGUUUGUGGGAAAAUAUGGUAUAGUGUGGCUCGAAGAGGUUACCAACACUCGCGUUGAGGGGUUUUCGCGUAUUGCUCUGUUAUUGGCGAAAAUCCGAAGAAAACAGCUCACCAAGCAGUGUAGUGUGAAAGCCGUAAACGCAGAAAGAACACAUAUUGCAGAGACACAAAGAUACGAAAUAAUUAACGGGAUAAAAUAAUUGGCAAGCCUACGCAUAAUCGGAGAAGUGAAUUCUUCUAACAAUUAGUGCUUUUCACAACAAAAUAUGGUCAGUUCAACCAUCACGCUUGAUAAGAAAUCAUCGUCAUCAUCCUCAUCGGCAGCAGCAGCAGCAGCUUUGGCACAGGCUUCCGCUGAGCAAAACAGCAACAGCAUUAUCUCAAUACCGCUAAACGCUACAUCAAGCAGCACCAACGGCACCACCUUCAACGAUUCGGCAUCGUCUGCAGCUUCUUCUUCAGCUUUAGGUCUAAGUGAGCAAAAGAUUUCCAUACUCUUUCCAAAAUGCAAACCCAGAGUAGCUGAGCAGCACUAUCAAGCACCGAGUGGUAUUCUGGGCAGUAACAAUAACAACAGCAACAUCAACAGAAAUAGCAUGAGCACAAUUACCAGCAACAGCAAAUCGGACAUUACAGGCACAUCUUCGUCGUUAACCACGCCCACUUCGCUUACGUCUUCUUCCUUUACCUUGAAUAGCACAUCUUACGGAAUGGAUAAUAGUGCGUAUCGCGGCAAUGGCGGGUCCGGAGCUGCAUAUGAUUUAUUAGGUAGUAGACAAGAACUUAGCUCAAGAUUGAAUAAUAACCAAUAUGAGAGCAGUCGCUCCACCAGUCGGCAUGCAAGCUCGGUGGAUAAGUACAGCUUCUACUACAAUAGUCAACCCCCUCCACUGUCGACGUCUCCAACGGAGAACAAUGCUAAUACAGCAGGCAACAGCAGUCACUUCCUUCCAUCCGAUGAUGAAGAUGAUGAAACCGAUCUGCGGAAGGACAGUUACACGCGACAUAACUAUUACACCGGUCGCCAAUCGCACUACUACAAUCUUCCAAAGCAGGACCCUGGAACGCCCAGUAGCAAUUCGCGGUACCACUGGGAUCUGUCGUCCAGCAGUGCCCUUUCGUAUUCAACACCCAUCUCGUCCACCGUGACGUCCAAUAUGGGUGGAAGUGGAGGGAAACGUCCUUCGAUUAAGUCAGCCUACACAAAGGUGCUACAGUCCCCACUGGAGGACGAAAGCGACAUCGAGGACAAGUUGAAGUACUUCAACUACCAAAACGAGAUGCACAACAGCAGUACGACGAAUGUGGUCAAUAUGGCGGUUACCGCCACAGAAAAGCCUAGUGGAAUUUAUAGCAAUUACAAGACUAACGAAAUGAUUGUCUUCAACGAUAUUGAUGAAGAGCGACGACGUGUUCAACAGCAACAGCAGCAUCAACCUCAGCGUCAGGAUAGCGACCAUAAGCACAGCAAUGUCACCGGUGCUGGAUUGCACGUGUCGAUGGCCACCGUCGACGAUCUGGACGACGGGAUUAGUCUGCAUCGCCGUAACCAAAUGCUGCAGGAUAACAACGAUGCAGGAGCUGGAAGUGGUGGUUUUGGGGACGGACCGAACAGCAGUAACGAGACGACGCACAAAACAGCCUCAGGAGCUACGGCGGUGGCGUCCAAUUCAGGAUCGAAUAUUAUGGAAUACGAAGGAUCCCCCCGGCGGUUUGGAUUAAGUUUGAACGAGGACAGCUCGUCGUCGUCCUACUAUAUGUCGUCUAACUACAAGCUCAACCUGACUUCCCCAUCGCUACUGACACCGCCCCGUCCAGGCUUCCCACAGCGAGUUGUAUCAUCACAGCAGACGGCAAAUAGUACAAGUAAUACAAGUACUGCCACCACUACUCCCACUCCAAAUGGGCCUGGUUCCAGCAUAAGCAGCCACCACCAUCCGUACCAUCCAACCAGGUCUCCCACGUUACUGGAGCAGGUCAGUUCUGGACUGAACAGUUCGGUCACGUUCGAUGCCAAUGCUUUGCUCAGCGAAUUUGACGCCAAACGGGCUGCCGUCAGUGCGAUAAGCAUCAACAGUGGCAGUUCGCCUAAUACGGUGGAUUCGUCAUCACUGGAGAUGAACAAGCUCAACGUGAUACGAUUGGACAGCGAUUACCGGGGUGAAGAUACGGCGGAGGAAAUUCCCACCAAACGGUCCACGCCGGAAAUUAAACCCUCGCUGGGACUGAUUUCCACCACGGCUGACGAUAAUCCAACUUUUGGUGCUGGGUCCUUUACGACGCCCAUCACCGCCUCGUCGACGUUCGAUUAUCUGUACGAGUUUUCCGAGACGCGCAAGGUGCUGGAGGAGUUUUUCAAGUGUCCCACGACGGAGGAUGUGGAGAAGGCGUUCGAAAAGUUUAGCGACUACAACGAGAGCGGGGAUGAUGUCGAAAGUUUGGACAUCCAUUAUGACUACCCUAUCGAGAUGGGGGACAGCAAGGCACUGGAGACGACCUACAUCGGAUCUACCGUCGUCUCUGUUGAGCAGCAGAAACCAAUGACGUCGCUGACCACUGGCUCCGGCGGCAUAGCCAGACAGCAGGAUAUUAGCACUAAUGCAGCUCGUAAAUCGCCAAUCAAUAAUAAUAAUAGCGACGCCGAAGCAGAUGGCGAUGACGAUGAUGUUGCUGCAAAUGGUGAAGAGCUUGAGGAUGGCGAAGAAGACGGCGAAGAAGAUGACGAAGACGAGGACGACGAAGGCGAAGGGGGCGUCGGCAACAAUCUGAAGUAUAUGAUCAACGUAAAAAGUAAACCAAGAAUUAAAAACGGGUACACCAGCUUCCGGAAGAAGAAACAGGAAAAGAAGCUCGCUGGAAUGGGAUCGAAUGUUCUUUCCGGAAUUGUUACCGUUGGUGGCGGAAAUGACGAUGAUAAUGACGGAGAGGAUGAAGAAGAAAUAGAUAUUUAUAGUGCGAAUCAUCAUCUUCAUCACAGUUUCCACCACCACCAACAACAGCAACAGCAACAACGACUACAGCAACAAUCUCAGGAACACCACCAACAGCAGCAACAACAUCAGAAUCUGAGCAAUGUGCGGCAACAUGUGAUACUGCAACAGCACCAACAGCAACAGCAACCACAGCAGUACCAGGAACAUGAAAGGCAUUUUAGCCUGUACUUGGAUCCCGGAAGCCGUGCCAGCAGCUGUGAUGUGAUUAACGAAAGUAAUCUCGACUCGACGCAGUUCAUGGCGAACGGAAACGGGAAGAGGCUCCGAAGCAAUGGCAAUGCUGGUUCUGGCAAUGGCAAAAAGCCGCUGGCUCGGCGCCAAAGUAAAAACUUUAACUACUCCCCAGAUACGACCGAUUACGAGAGCAACUGCGGCGAUUAUGACAGUGAGAUUUCCCUGAAGUAUGGUAGCGAGUAUGGCGGCAUCAUGGUCAAUGGUGGUAGUGAAAUGAUGUGCGACGAUCUGAACAAUGGCGUCAUAAGCAGUGCCUCCACUGGGAUCAACUCUUCCACCACGAUGAUUGAUAAUGGAGUGAACAAUGCCACCAGUAGUGCGGUCGGAAGUGCAAGCAACUACACUCGCUACUACACCAGCAUGCCAGUUCUGGAGGAUGGCCUAUCUAGUGGUCACGUUUCCGAUACGGAAAACAAUAAUCCCGGCAUACUGCCAACACCGGAUUUGAUCAACAGCAGUCAUAAAUUGCAACAGGCUGCCAAUUCGUACAGUUUGUUGACGUCUCCUACGGGCCACGCGAUAAAACCGAUAAGCUCGUCUCCGGUGAUAGGAAACCAUAACAACAAUCUGGAUGGUCUGUACGGAAGCAACGGGUUCCGGAUGAAUGGGACGACGGGAGGGCUCAAUUCAAGCACACUGCAGAACAAUAAGAUUUUCAAAAACCGAGAUCCGGAGCUGGAAUCGUUGUAUACCAUCAAUACUAUACAAUCAACACCUCCACCGCCUGCACCGGCCCCUCACAGGAAGUCGUCUAUCGAUUGUGAUGCGCAAACUACUCUACAGCAGCUACACAAUCAGCAGCAGGCCAGUUCAGACGUCCAGGCGGCUCUGAAAGAUAUACGAACUUGCCUGCAGCGUAACAAAACUCUCGCAUCUCCGACACACCCCCAAUCGCUAUGUCCAUCAUCCCAGCAGCUACAGCAACAGCAAUCCCAUCAACAGUCGACCAUGAAAAACUACGAAAAGCAUUCCAUGUUAGCAUCGGAUAAGCUAGAGUCUCCUGUUCCCUCAAUAUCCCCAGUGUGGAUACCGCGCUCGAGGGAAAGCAAGUUAGUAGCCAUAUCGCCCACAACGGUGAUCAACCCUUCACCGGGAUUGUUACUACCGACUACUCCAACGGCAGGUGGACCUACCGAAAGAUCAACCAACUUGUCCACUGAGAAGGACUCUCUGCUGCAUGGAAACAACGCAAAGAAUUCAAGUGCUCUUGAUGACGAUGAAGAUCCAGAUACGGACUUGGAGACUGAUCGAUUGUUAGGUCAUCAAAGGUUGGAUGACCAGGGCUUCUACGACGAUAAUAGCAAGAGUUGGACAGACCGCAAAACUCGUUCUUUACUGCACAAACUAUCUCCUAAGCAACAGACUGGCCUCGUGGGAAGCAAUGGAGGAACUUCGCUCUACGGAAGCAAAGCUAGUAACCAGGGAUCCUUGUUGCGACAGGGCCUUUCGACGUUACUGUCGCCUGCCAGCGCAGUAACGGUUGCUCAACCGGCCAGCUCACUUCCAGAGAUUGUCACAUCCAGUAAGGCAUCGCCGGGACUCCUGGGCAGCAAUGUACAGAAUCAGAUCAGUAGUAGUAAUAAUAAUAAUAGUAGCAGUGUGAAUGGAAAUUUGAUCAACUUGAAUGGUCCGAAUGAUACCAGCGCAAUUUCUCCGGAUCACAGUCAUCAGACGUCCCCGAUUAAAAUUGAGAAUAAGGCAAUUGAGAGCGCUAGUCCGAAUGGAUCCAAUGACUCGAAGUCGGAUACGGACAAGAAGAAAAAGGGAAAGAAUAAGGAAGGUGAGUUUUUGAUCGAAGGAGUUCUCUUUCGGGCGCGAUACCUUGGAUCAACCCAAUUGGUGUGUGAAGGUCAGCCGACCAAAUCAACCCGCAUGAUGCAAGCAGAAGAAGCUGUAUCUCGGAUUAAGGCCUUGUCUCCAGAUGGAGAACCACAGCCCAGCACGGAAGUAGAUCUGUUCAUAUCGACCGAGAAAAUCAUGGUGCUAAAUACGGAUUUGAAGGAGAUCAUGAUGGAUCAUGCGCUGCGGACGAUUUCCUACAUUGCUGAUAUUGGCGAUCUGGUGGUGUUGAUGGCCCGAAGGCGAUUCGUGCCACAAGAUGUCGACUCGGGAGAUUCCGGUGGAAGUGGUGGUAACGCUAACGGAACGGCAAACCAACCAAAUCAGACAGGUUCCACUCCACCGCAGAAGACCGUUGGCAAUCCCAAGGGCAACCGCACUCCGAAGAUGAUUUGUCAUGUGUUUGAAAGCGAAGAAGCCCAGUUCAUAGCGCAGUCGAUUGGGCAGGCAUUCCAAGUGGCCUACAUGGAGUUUUUGAAAGCUAACGGAAUUGAGGAUCACAGUUUUAUGAAGGAAAUGGAUUACCAGGAAGUGCUCAACAGUCAGGAAAUUUUCGGCGAUGAGUUGGAGAUCUUUGCCAAAAAGGAACUGCAAAAGGAGGUGGUGGUUCCGAAGGCGAAGGGUGAGAUCCUGGGGGUGGUAAUCGUGGAGUCCGGUUGGGGCUCCAUGCUGCCUACGGUGGUGAUCGCUAAUCUGGCCUCAUCCGGUGCUGCAGCUCGAUGCGGUCAACUGAACAUCGGAGACCAAAUCAUUGCCAUCAACGGGCUGAGUUUGGUCGGUUUGCCGUUGUCUACCUGCCAAAGUUACAUCAAGAACACGAAAAAUCAAACCGUGGUCAAAUUUACUGUAGUUCCUUGCGCACCGGUAGUGGAGGUGAAGAUCAAACGGCCCAACACCAAGUACCAGCUGGGAUUCAGCGUGCAGAAUGGAGUGAUUUGCAGUUUACUUCGCGGAGGAAUUGCAGAACGAGGAGGUGUCCGAGUUGGACAUAGGAUCAUCGAGAUCAACAACCAAAGUGUAGUAGCUGUUCCGCAUGAAAAAAUUGUCAAUCUUUUGGCUACAUCAGUUGGAGAGAUCCUGAUGAAAACGAUGCCAACGUCCAUGUUCCGUCUACUUACCGGCCAGGAAAACCCGGUCUACAUUUAAGAAUAUCCGAAACCAAGCUUUUCAAUUUGUUCCAGCUUGAGUUAUCGUUUGUGCAACUAAACAUUACCCUUUCACUAAAGCUUUCACAAUACACCAUAGGUAAAGACGAAAAAACAGAACUAGAAAUCAACUACGUAUUUGGCACCUUUGCGAAAGCACAUCUCAUCCAGACUCAUCUUAUAACUUAAUGAAAAUCCACAGUGAGAAUCUAUCUAGACGAAAAAGACAUGUAUGCUCUGUGCUUGAAAUAUAUGAAAGAAAUGUGCAUAUAACUGAAUAGAAAACAAAAAACGAGAGGACAAUUGUAAUCGGAAUUUAUUCACGCCUUGGCCUUGCAGUUAUAAUUGAUAAAUAGAAAGAGAGAGAGGUGGAGAAAGUGAGACAGGCUCGAGUCACACUGAACACAAGGAAAAACUGCAUUUACUCAUGGAAAUAUCAUUGCCGAUGGGCAGCAGAUGCAUAAACCGAAGCGACCAGAACCAGAUAGUGGAUUGAAUGCGAAAUGUAUGUUUCCCAUGAAAGAUACAGCUUUCUGUAUUGAUAUCAGUAUAAAUAACGAACCAUUUCGUGGACGUAAGCGACAUAAGAUAGGACCGAUAUAUGUUGGCAGUGCAACAAUGACGCAAUGAACUACUAACCAAAGAGCGGACGAUUAAUGCAGACAUAUGAAAAAUCGAGCACGGAAAAUGAAAUAUAUUUUUUGAAAUUGUUUAACACUAAGCUUAAUACUUAGCAAAACAUCUGGCAUCAAAUUUAACAAGGAACACAGAAAGCGUAAAUUGUCACCGAACGAUACCGACGAACUAACGCAAAAAAAACUUUCACCCAAAGGGAUUCGUCUAGCUUUUCAAUACUAAUAGUCCGUCUAAGGCAAGGAAUUUAAAGACACA